GGGAAGCGUCUCUUGGUGUCGUUGCCCUGCUGGACUGGACCUCUUCGGAUGAGAACCCUAAUCCCUUCCUCUUUAUAAACCCUAGUUUUCCUCUUCGGUGUUUGGAUCUGUGAACCCCAGUGGCCGGCCGUUCACAAUCCGAUCUUGCUCAGCUCAGACUUCGUUUCCGGUUUUUCCUCAGCAUGACCAAUCUUCGUCUCCAAAUUCUGCUAUUUGUUUUGACAUGUUUGUAUACCCAGAGCUUUGGCCUUUCAUGGCCAUUUUCUUAUUCUGCUUCCUCCACACCUCCUCCACACUUUCAUGGUGAUACGAAUGCAUUAAACGGAAUGGUAACUGAGUUUUCCAUGGAUGAUGUUGGUAAUGAUCCAAGGGCGGUGAAGCUGAUUGAAAAUGCUAAAGAGAGAUUGUUGUCCUCCAACUCAUGUUGGCAAAGCGCGUACCAGAAUUUGUUCGCCGGUUGCUCAGAGAUCCUUUCUGACAAGGAGAAGCAAUCAAGACUGGCCUGGCUCCUCACCGACUGCUUCCAGAAGGACUCAGGGAGGCCAACAUUGCCUUCCUGUAAUUCUGGUGGUCAAAUGCUUACAUGUCUCAAGAAACUAGAUGAUGCUGAGCAUAAGGUUUAUCUCGAGUUUUUUCUUGAGACAAACUCUAUCUGCCACCAAUUACAGGCUAGCGCAUUCAAGCAUGAUACAGAGAGAUUGGUCAAUGGGUUGGCCAAGUCAGCUAGAUUUGCAGAGACUCAAUUGAAUUCAAUCAUGGAUAAGUCGGAGAAAUUGCUUCAAGGUUCUAGUGAGAUUCAUGACUCAUUAACUUCUAUAGAUAUUAAAACAGAACGAAUGGCUCAAACAUCAAGGGAGAUUGACUCCAAGAUUCAGGAUGUUUUGAAGCACUCGGAAGCUAUUUUUGAGCAGUCAAGAGGAAUAUCAGCUUCUCAGUCGGAGUUACAAGAAAGGCAGACUGAGCUGAAGGUGAAUUUGGAGUCAGGGAUGGCUUUGGUGCGAGAAUCAUAUGAGAGUUUGGGUGAUGGAAUUGACAAAGUAAGGGUACAAACAGUUGAGAUUGAAAAGGAGAUAGUGGAAAUCGGAGUCUCGAUGUCUUCAAAGAUGAAAGAUCUUCAAAGCACCGCUAAUGAUAUUGGUAAUGUUGCUGGUAUGUCCUUGGACAGACAAAGGCAGCUUCUCGAUGGACAAGCGACAGCCCUUCAAGGUCUUGAUUUCCUUACAAAAUUUCAAUCUCAAGCUCUUCAAGAAAGCAGGGAUGCCUUACAAAAAUUAGCUGAGUUUGGAGAGAAGCAACAAGCAGAACUUCUUAAGAAACAAGAACAAAUUCAGCACGCUCAUGAUCGUCUAAUCCAAAAUUCACAAUCAAUAUUGUCUGCUCAGGAGGAGUUUGAAAAGAAACAAGCUAAUGUUUUUGCUGCUCUCGAGAAGCUCUUCACAUUACAUAACACCUUCUUAGCAGAAUCUCGCUUCAUUAAAUCAUUUCUUUUUUAUUCUUGUGUGAUAUUUCUUCUUUACAUGCUUACAAGCACAAAGCAGACAUUCAGCAUUAGAGCACGCCUUUAUAUAGGACUCUGCAUAACAUUCGUGCUAGAACUUGUGAUAAUUCGACUGAGUGACGGUGAUUUACUCCAACAAACUUGGAUAACAUCACAAGUCUUUGUUGCUAGAUCCUCGUUUCUUGCAGUUGCCUCUAUCCAGCUCAUAUAUGCAAUCUUCACUUACAGAGAUUAUGAAGUAUUGAACCAUCAAUUGUUACAGAAAUUAAUUGAUAAGGUUAACAUCAUGGAGUUAAACUCAGGGAAGUUAUUGUCUGUGAGUAUUGAAACUGAUAGCUGCAGCAGCAAUUUGAGCCAAUAUUCAUGGAUUGACAAGGAGUUGCUUGAAGAUGUUGAUAGUAAAAUGGAUCCUAAUUAUAUUUUUCCAGAGGAAGUCUCUGAAAAUUCCAUUACCACUUCGAUUACAAGAAAGUAUGAUCUCCGGCCACGAAGACGGUUACCCAAAUUAUACUCUUGACAUUUUAAAUAUUUUUAAAAAAUUAUUACUAAGAAGAAAAUAUAUAUACCAUA